AUGUCUAGAUCUGGAGGUUCAGAAGUAAGAACUCCGAUCUUCUCCGGUGAGAACUAUGAGUUCUGGAGAAUCAAGAUGAUAACCAUCUUCAAGUCAUAUGGGUUGUGGGCUCUGGUGGAGAAAGGAAUUACGAUUUCGGAAUCGAAGAAGAAGGAGGUAGCUGAGGAAACAUCUGCAGAGGAAGAUGAUGAGAAGAUGGUUGCGAUUCUUAUGAAGGAUGCAAAGGCUUUGGGGAUUAUUCAGAACUCUGUCUCUGAUCAGAUCUUCCCUCGCAUUGCUAGUGUUGAUUAA